AUCAAGCGUUUGUAGUAUGGACAGUUAAGCUUAUUUCGUAAAAGAAUGCACAUGCGCAAUAUGCGUAAAACUUCUGCUGUAUUUGUAUAAAUUUCUACGUUAUCAGCAUAAAAGUUCUACCUGUAACGUAUGGGACGUCAGUAUACUACGAUUGCAAGAGAUCCAUGCUUUUUUAGUAUAUGUUUCAUGCAACUGAGGUAUAAAAACAUGCCUCUUUAGCAGGACGUUCAUACAAAAUUAGCAUAGGAAGUCUCCAUACUACAAACGCUUGAUUUUUCUCUCCGUAAGUACAAUAAAAAGCAGAGCUGAUGUGCAUUUGCAAAGAGAGAUGACAUUUAGGCAUUCAAAAAGAACAUUUAAAGGAGUACCAUUGAUGGUCGCAAACAUGGACAGCGUUGGAACAUUUGAAAUGGCCGUUGCUUUGGCAAAGCAUGGAGUUUUUACAGCUGUGCAUAAAUAUUACACAGUUGUGGAUUGGAAAAAUUUUGCUGUAGAUCAUCCGAAUUGCUUGGACUAUGUUGCCGUUUGUACAGGAAUUACUGAAGAAGAUAAUAGACGUUUGUCAUCUAUUUUACAAGCAGUGCCGGAGAUUUCGUAUAUAGUGGCUGAUGUCGCCAACGGCUACUCGCAAUAUUUCGUUGAAAGUGUGAAGAACCUCAGGGAAGAAUAUCCUAAUCAUACAAUAAUAGCAGGAAAUGUUUGCACACGCGAAAUGGUGGAGGAAUUAAUUCUCUCAGGAGCCGAUAUUGUUAAAGUUGGCAUUGGUGGUGGAUCCGUUUGUACAACACGAUUGAAAGCUGGCGUUGGGUAUCCACAAUUAAGUUGUGUAAUUGAAUGUGCCGAUGCUGCUCAUGGCUUGAAUGGUCACAUUAUUUCAGAUGGCGGCUGUACAUGUUCUGGUGACAUUGCAAAAGCUUUCGGUGCCGGUGCUGACUUUGUCAUGAUUGGUGGCUUGAUGGCAGGACAUGAUGAAUGUCACGGUGAACUAACCGAAAAAGAUGGUAAAAUGGUGAAAUUAUUUUAUGGCAAUUCAUCAAGGAUUUCAAUGGAGAAACGCUUUGGAGGAGUUGCUAAGUACAGAGCCGUGGAGGGAAAAUCUGUGGACAUUACUUAUCGAGGAUCUGUUGAACAUACACUUUUCGAUAUAUUUGGCGGUUUACGUUCAGCGUGCACUUAUGUGGGUGCCGAACGUCUUAAAGAAUUACCUCGACGUGCCACUUUUAUACGAUGCAGUCAACAAACCAACAACAUUUUUGGACCACCAGUGUAAAUGUGAAGGGCUACAUAAAAUAAGGGAACGAACGCGUGGUUGAAAGGGAUAAUAUCAGUCAGGUAGCAGCGAGCGGCUCAAGGCUUGUCACUGCUACCCGACUGGUACUAUCCCUUCCAAGCCUCGCGUUCGUCCCCUCCCGUGUAGAAAUGGAGGUCGGGUUCUAGUGGGGACCUCACCAGUUUACCCCAUUUGAAAAAAGGCUCCAACUAGAGAAACUGGUGGGGUUCUAGUCGAUUUUGUCACGCUCUAGUUGAUAGGGCCCCGACUAGAAGUUCUAGUUCACUUCUACCGGUUUUAAAAAUUAUUAUUUUUCAACUUAACUUAUUUAUAAUUGAAUUCUCCAUUCAUAUUAACAUUAUUAAUGAUUGUUGCACACGAAAAAUCUCGUGCCUAUGAGGGUUCGAACCUUGGACCUUGGGGACACCAGACGGAUACACAUACCUCUCGGCCAUGAUAGGUUGGAUGGACUUCCGCUUAAAGUACAUCCCGUUUGGAAAUUCCGCCAUUUGUCCCUAUCUCUAGUAGGGCUCUCGCUAGAUUCUGACUAGAAUCUCUAGUCGAGAAAAACUAGUCGGGUUCCAAUCUAAUUCUAGUUAGAUGAUUCUUACAAGCAUUAUUUAUUAAAAAAGUUUGCAUAUUAUUUGAUUACUUAAUUUUUUAAUUAUUUAAACAAAAUCUUUUAUUUAUUAAGUAAAUUAAAAAAGAAUAAACCAUAAAUAAAUAUUA